AUGUUGAGCGAAGAGGCCGCUGGCCACGCGCCGCUGGGCGACACGCCGCGCGUGCGCGCCGGGAUGCUUGCGCAGCACAAUGCGAUGGCGGCGGCGGCAGCGCCGCUGGCCGAGCUCUCCGCUUCCAUCAGCAGCCUCGCGUCGGGCACCGCCGCGCUGGCUUCCGCGGGCGUUGCUGGCCGCGAGGCGCUCCUGACUGCGGAGGAUUCGGCCGGCGUGGGCGAGGUGUACGCCCAGCUCGCCGAAUUCGGCGAGGCGCUCCAGGCGCAGCUCUCCGCCGUGGUCCUCGCGCCGCUCACCGAGCUGCAGCAGACAUGCCUCGCGGCGGUGCGGAGGUCAAAGGCGUUCGACGAGGAGUCCGAGGCGCUGGAGGCGGCGCACCGCGCGUACCUGUCGCACUCUCGCGAGGCGUCUCUCGAGACGCGCGCCGUCGCCGCGCAGGAGCUGGACGAUCGCCUCGCGACCGCCUCGCUCUCGCUGCUCGACACCCGCGAGGCGCUGCGCGAGGCGUGCGGCGGCCUGCGCGCCGCGCCGCAGCGCGCCGUCGGCGAGCUCCUCGUGGCGCAGCUGUCGUACCACCAGAGCUGCGCCCGGCUGCUCGCGGACCGGAUCGAGCUCGCCAAGGCGCUGCUCUCCUCCGCCGACCAAACCUCGCAGUGCCUCGCUGCGGAGUCGGCCGCCGCGUCCGCGCUGCGAGGAGCGAUGCCGCGCCCGAUGUCUCGAGACACGGCGACGGCGCCGCUGGUCGAGGGCUGGCUGCAGAAGGGGUCCUUCAACCUAAGCACGCCGGGCGAGCGCUCGUCGCUGCACCGGCUGCGUCCGUGGAGCCGCCGCUACUUUGUGCUCGACCCGUCGGGGAAGCUCUACUUUUACAAGGAGCGGGAGGCGGCAGACGGCGGCCGCGCGUCGAUGCAGGUGCCGCUCGACUUGCGGCUCGUCUCCGCAGUGACGGCGGUCAACGGGCCGCUCGAGUUCGAGCUCUGCCUCGGCUCGCGCACGCUCCGGCUCAAGGCGUUCGACCUCGCCGACCGGCUCAAGUGGACCGAGGCCCUCUCCUCGUACCUCGCCUCGCACGGAGAAGAGCGCGAGGCGGCGCAGCGCGCGUACCGCCACCGGCUCCUCGCGCGCGGCACGGGCGUGCGCGACUUCGGCGGCGGCGAGGGCGACGCCGGCGAGUCGUCCAACGGCACGUCGCUCUGCGGCUAUCUCUUCCGGCAGGACUCGGACCUGCGAGGGCGGUGGAGGCGGUGGUGGUGCGAGGCCUCCGACGAGCACGACUUCGCCGCAGCCGCAGCACGCCCCUCGCUAGGCCACGCGCCGCAGCAGCGAGGCGUGCUGCUGCCGCAGCAAGGCUCGGGUGCGCCCGUCCUCUCGAUCGACGACGCGGCGGCGCCGCUGCCUUUCCGCGAAGCGGCGCGGACGGUCUUCCCCCUCGCCACCGUCACCGUCCGCGAGGCGCGCAGCCAGCCGCUCCCUUUCUGUUUCGAGGUCAUCUCGCCGGCCGGCUCGGCGCUGCUGCAGGCGAGCGCGCAGCACGAGAUGGCGGAGUGGAUGCAGGUGAUUCAGAACGGGACAGCGGCUUGCCUCGGGUCGCUCGGCGUGCGCGCCUCGGCGCGUGAGGAGGAGGCGGCGCUGCCAGUCGUUCGCGAAGUGGCCGGCAACGGCGCGUGCGCCGAUUGCGGCGCCCCGGCCCCUACUUGGGCGUCGAUCAACUUGGGAGUGACCAUCUGCCUCGCCUGCGCCGGUGUGCACCGCCGGCUGGGCACGCAUCUCUCAAAGGUGCGCUCGCUCGAGCUGGACACGCGCCAGUGGUCGGCGACGCAGCUGGCCCUCAUGGUCGCGUUGGGCAACCAGCGCGUCAACCGCUGCUACUACGCGCGGCCGCCGCCCUGUGACGAGGCCAUCGACGCCACGUCCGCCCCGGCGGCCCGCGAGGCAUUCCUGCGCGCAAAGUACGAGCGGCGAGCCUUCACGGCGCGGCGAGGCCAGCCGCCGCCGCCGCCGCCGCACGUCCUCGCCGCCGCAGCGGCGGCGGACGAUGCCGCCGCCAUCAUCGAAGCCAUGGCGCUGGGGGCAUCUCUCGACUCGCCGGCGCCCGCCGAUGCGUCCCCCGCGCCGCCGCUGCCGCCGCCCCCGCCGGACGCCGGCGCGGCUACCACAGGCGACAGAGAGGAUGGUGCGGAGGGAGGGAGUGGGUCGGGGGCGGACGGCGGUGUGGAGGGCGGCACGGCGGCGGACGGCGCGGCAGCGGAGGGCGCGGCAGCGGAGGGCGCGGCGGCGGAGGGCGCGGCAGCGGAGGGCGCGGCGGCUGCGCCUGUGUGGAGCGAGACGCUCGCGCGCGAGCACGCCGGCCGGACGCCGCUGCACGUGGCUGCCGCUGAGGGGGCGAUGCGGGCACUCGAGCUGAUGCUGCUCAACACCAUCGGCGUCGACCCGGAGGACGGCGUCGGCAAGACGCCGCUCCGGGUCGCCGUCGACCGCAACCGCGCGGAGGCGGUGUCGGCGCUGCUGACGCGCGGCGCAAACAUCUCGCACGCGGAUGUGAGCGGCAUGACGCCGAUGGGCAGCCGCCUUGGACAGCACGGCCACGAGGAGCUGGCGCAGACCAUGCUCGAGUACAAGCGCGUGACUCUUUUGGCUGGGCAGUCGGCGUGCGCCUUGAGCCAUCCCGUUCAGACGGCUGCUGAUCUCGCGAAUAGGCUCGCGCAAGACGAGAAGCUCCUCGCGCAGGUCAUCGUGGACGAGUGA